CAGCCAACCACGGCACUAAAAACGUUUCGGAGAAUCGGAGAUUCAAAUGAGUGGCGGGCUCUGUGUUGCGUUGUGGUCACCAUGGACCCGAUCCGGAGCUUGUGUACUAAGCUACGGUCUGUGGCGGUCACCUUGGACCGCGAGACGACGCGGCUGCAGCGUGCGCUGGAGGGGAAAGACAGCGACUUUGAAGAUUAUGCAGUGAGAAUUUUAAAUGACCUUCAUUCAGAAGUUCGGACUUUAAAGGAUAGUGUCAAUAUUCUUCUUGAUAAAGCAAGUUUGGAAAGACAAGAAAGCAUUGGUUUCAUUAAGGCAACAAAAGUACUGAUGGAAAAAAAUUCAGUGGAUAUCAUGAAAAUAAGAGAGUUUUUCCAGAAGUAUGGAUAUAAUCAAUGUGCCAAGAAAAAUUCAGAGGAUGAGCAAGAAGUUGUUGACUCUAAACCAGAGUCCAUUAGGGAUGAAAAUCUUCAAAAGUCUGAUGUGAAGGAUGAUGUAUCUAACAACAGGGACAACAGUUGUGUUGUUCCAAGCAGCUCUGUUUCUGAGAAGAUUCCAUGUAGUCCACAACUUUCAGAUUUUGGACUUGAGCGAUACCUGAUUUCUCAAGUUCCACAGAACCCUCCACAGGCAGUAAACAACCAAAAGGAAGAGCCAGAAAUGUUAACUCCAUCUUCCAAACAAUCAUUAGUUAAAAUACUAAAAACUCCAAAAUGUGCACUAAAUAUGGACGAUUUUGAGUGUGUGACUCCUAAAUUGGAGCAUUUUGGUGUCUCUGAAUAUACUGUGUGUUUGAAUGAAGAUUACACAAUGGAACUUAAAAAUGUGAAGAAUAAAAGCGAGGAAACCAUAAAAAUGGAACCAAUGUCCAAUGAUAGUGCCACUUCUAGUGUAAUGAACAACCAAUUGGAAAAAAAUGAUACCAAAUAUACAAAGUCUCCCUUGCUUCCUACGUUCUCUACUCCAGGUUUGAAAAUUCCUUCUACAGAGAGCAAUACAGCCUUGGUAUCCACAGGUUAUCAAUUAUCAGAAACAAAUAGUUCAUCAGAUGAUUUGAAAAUGAAAGACUCUACAUUGUUCAUUUUAAAUUCAGACAAGUGCUUUGAGAAUUGUGCUGCUCCUUCUUCCCCUGUGAUUUCUUCUUAUGAGAAUCUGCUCAGAACACCCACACCUCCAAAAGUAACUGCAAUUCCAGAAGAUGUUCUCCAGAUUUUAUCAAAAUACAACAAUCUAGCUACUACUCCAGUAGCAGUUAAGACCAUGCCUCCCAGCAAAGCAUUCCUCACUAGAUGCGAAGGACAAAACAGCUGAGAUGUUGGCAACAAAAAAUGAA